AUGGCAAAGCUGACAAAGAAAGGCGUAAAGUUUGAAUGGAACGAUGCUUGCGAGAAAAGCUUCCAAGAGUUGAGGAACCAAUUGGUGACGGCACCAGUUUUGACCAUUCCAGAUGGCUCCGGAGGAAUGGUGGUUUACACCAAUGUAUCCCGAACAAGAUUGGGUGGCGUGUUAAUGCAGAGAGGUACCAUUUCUAUUGCUUCCAUCCCCGCAUACGAUCUCUUUGACUCAGGGGCGUCGAAUUCCUUUGUGUCCUCUUCUUUUGCCAAGAGGUUGGGUAUUAGUCCGAAGGGUCUAGCGCAAGGAUUAGCAGUUAGUACACCUACUGGAGGUGUAGUUGGCUUAGACACAAUUUAUGAGCCCUGCCCCAUAUGGAUCUGUGGUCAUGAUAUGAUUGCACAUCUUGUGGAGUUAGACAUGAGGGACUUCGAUGCGAUCCUGGUUAUUGACUGGUUGGCCGCCUAUAGGGCGAAUCUAGCUUGGGCGGAGCAACAAAUUGCUUUCAAACCCAUAGACGGAGAAGAAUUUGUAUUCCAAGGGGACAGGGGGAAGCAUUCCAAGAAGCUUGUGAUUUCGUCUCUCCAAGCCAAGCAGCUUAUAGAUCAAGGAUGUGAAUGCUACCUAGCUUCAGUAAUUGACACGGAAGCCAGGGUGAAACCAUUAGGAGAGUUGAAGAUUGUGAAGGACUUUCCAGAUGUAUUUCCAGAUGACUUGAUUGAAUUACCUCUUGACAGGGAGACUGAGUUUGUCAUUGAUUUACUACCUGGGGCAGCACCGGUGUCCAAAGCCCCUUACAGGAUGGCUCCAACCGAAUUGAGGGAGUUGCAAGAGCAAUUGCAAGAUUUGUUGAAGAAGUGUUUUAUCCAUCCUAGUGUGUCCCCAUAG